UGGCGGCGGGGCUACGAGCCUGGCACAGCGUUAAUAUCAGAAAACCAAAGUGUCUCAUGCAGGGGCUGGCAGGGAUUUCCCAUGUUCAGCAGGGAGUGCAAUGUACUCCUCCAGUUCCAAAGUCAAACAACUGGCAGUGGUCACUUGUUGUCAGGAAUGGUGCCAAGCCUUGCGCAGGACACGCGAAAGCCUGUAAUCUGAGUUGAGACAGGCUGUGAUGACUGGAAUGCUCUGAGCCUUUGCCACACCAGCAACGGGAGGAGGAUUUGGUUCAUCCCUAAAGCUUCAGUUAGUGUGUGGUGUAACUCCUCUGUUGUUCCUCCCAUCUACAGGAAGGCACAGGUCUGCAGCUGCCUGAUUUUUCUGCUGUACUGAUCGAUCCUUUAUUGCCUGCUCUUUCACAAUGAAGGCCAUGGAGGAUCAAGUAGUCCAAGAAGAAUCUGGAUACCAGGAUGAUGAGGAAUCCUUUUUCCAGGACAUUGACCUGCUACAAAAGCAUGGGAUUAAUGUGGCAGAUAUUAAAAAGCUGAAGUCAGUUGGGAUCUGCACUAUCAAAGGAAUCCAGAUGACAACAAGACGAGCACUGUGCAAUGUGAAAGGGCUUUCAGAGGUCAAAGUGGACAAGAUUAAAGAAGCUGCAAAUAAGCUGAUUGAGCCAGGCUUCCUAACUGCAUUUGAGUAUAGUGAAAAAAGGAAGAUGGUAUUUCAUAUUACUACCGGCAGCCAGGAAUUCGACAAACUUCUGGGUGGUGGGAUUGAAAGCAUGGCAAUCACUGAGGCCUUCGGAGAGUUCCGGACAGGGAAAACACAGCUAUCUCAUACUCUUUGUGUGACAGCUCAGCUGCCAGGGCCCAACGGCUACACUGGUGGAAAGAUUAUCUUCAUUGAUACUGAAAACACUUUCCGACCGGACCGUCUUCAUGACAUUGCUGAUCGCUUCAACGUUGACCAUGAUGCAGUCCUUGACAACGUGCUGUAUGCACGUGCAUAUACUAGUGAACAUCAGAUGGAAUUGCUUGACUAUGUAGCAGCCAAGUUCCAUGAGGAAGCUGGUAUCUUCAAGCUACUGAUCAUUGACUCCAUCAUGGCACUCUUCCGUGUGGAUUUCAGUGGUCGUGGAGAGCUGGCUGAACGACAACAGAAACUGGCUCAGAUGCUGUCCAGGCUCCAGAAGAUAUCAGAAGAAUAUAACGUGGCUGUGUUUGUGACCAAUCAGAUGACCGCCGAUCCAGGAGCAACUAUGACCUUUCAGGCAGACCCAAAGAAGCCGGUUGGGGGCCACAUCCUGGCUCAUGCUUCGACGACCCGAAUUAGUUUGAGGAAAGGGAGAGGAGAGCUGCGUAUUGCAAAGAUAUACGACAGUCCUGAGAUGCCCGAAAAUGAAGCCACAUUUGCAAUAACUCCUGGAGGGAUUGGAGAUGCCAAAGAAUAAGUGGGAACCUCAUGCAGACAUACAGCUGUUAACCACCAAGGCGCUUCGUUGGGAUGAAGAUCUGCUCCAGGUCGCUGCCUCCCCUGGCUGCUUUUUAUCUGCUUGGAAUCGUUUGAGAGGUGUUUGGGAUAAACCGUGUGUGCUUCAGUGUUAUUCAGCUGGUUCAUUUGGGGUCUUCUCUUUUUAAUUGGCAAUAAAUAGCUGAUGGAAACAACAAGCCCAGGAGCUUUGCGGCACUCCAUGUGUGGAAGAAGAGAAUUAAAUACCUGGAAUACUUUCACGUCGGCCAGAUUGCUUAUUGAAGCACUUUUAGAAGAGAAUGACCUAAAGUUGUUUAUACUAAAGGGAAUAAUAAAGACCUAAAACGAGAACAGCA